CCUCCCAUGUCGGAUGAAAUGGCAGAAAGGUAUCGUUACAUGAAUUUCUACAACGCUUACAAUGAAGACUGGCAUAUGUCGACACCAUCCAACCGACCACCAAAGCAAACGCCACAAGAUACUCACCCGCCCACCUCCAAAUGUGAAGAUUAUAGAAGAAAAAGGAAGCAACCAACGAAGGGAUGUCCGACUGGAUUCCUUCCUUGCGAUAUGAAACUAUCUCCACCGUGUAAUGGUCAUCCUUGUGGCGUAUGGUCAGCGGAAAUUCAAAAAUGUCUACCGAAACCUAAGAAAUCGAAUAAAUAUACACCGGGUCCUUGUACUAGACCAUGUUGUUUACACAAACCAGUACCCGAAUCAUGUUGUUGUUACGAUUGUCCUUGUAAAGCUCAUUGUUACGAUCAUCCUGUCGGAAUAAAACCGAAAAAUCCAUGGAAUGCAUAUCCUCCACGUUAAUAUUUAGUUCAAACAUCUCAGGCAGUGGCGCACCAUGUUGUCAACAACCCUGCUGUCCUCCGCCGAUGCCGGUUUGUACAGGAUGUUGCCCACCUCCUCCACAUCCAAUUUGCUGCAUGCCUUGUCCUCCACCUUUAGUAUUACCGACGCUUCCAGAGCCUGUAAAGCCUCUCAUGAUGCCCGUGGAAAAAUGCGAGAAAUGCUCGGCUAAAAGGGCUGCAGAUAUGGUGGAAACAGGAGAAAACGAAAACCGUGAGGUGGGAACCUUUUACAACAACUACGGUAUAGACUACAGAGAGGAAAUGUUAUGGAAAUAUACAACACCUACGGGAAAAACCGUGGAAAGGAAAGGUAUUGAACAAGGAGUGACACUAUCAGGCCAAUCAGCUCGCUGUCCUCUCGAAAAUAAACCUUAUGAAGACAAAAGGAAGAAAACUGGUGAUAACAAAAAGCAUGCAACCAAUAACAUACCAUGUAUGUUCAAAUUUACUCCUUCCCCCGAUUGUUCCGGUGCAUGGUGCGUUGAAAUUAAAUCUCGUCCUGAUAAUACCGGCGAAAAAAUCAAGAAAACUCCUAAACGAAAUGAAAUGAAACCAUGUACCAGACCGUGUUGUAAACAUUGGAAAUUAAAAGAGGGAGAGUGCCAAUACGACUUACCUUGUAAGGCUGCUUGUUUUAACCAUCCACCUGGAAUGAAACCCAAAUAUCACGUACCCGAAAUUGACUACGAACUUCUAAAGGUUUUGGGAGAACGCUACAAUAAUCCAACAAAUUAAUACAAAAGUAAACAUCUAAUUAGUAAUAACAGGCCAACUAUAACACCUUUUUAUUGUAACUGAACGAAUUAAAAUAUCACAACUAAUAGAA